GGCAGCAGUGCCACCACGACAACCACUCCAAUGGCCGACAGCGCUGCUGCGGCCAGCGCAACUGCAGUGAUCCACGCUACCGACGUCAGCGGCAUUGCGGCCAGCAUCCGUAGCCAUUUUGGCUCAAGCCAUUUCGGCUUCAGACGUGAGCUCAAGCCAGAGGCGUUUGUGUCCUGGAGCUUGGCGCUUGCAGGGUAGUUCCAGUCGGCAUGCGCACCAUAUUAAUGGGGGACACGCUUGGUGAGUCAGCAAAGAACGCAACUUACCUAAUAUAUACUUGGUCUUUGUUGAUUGCAUCUGCGGUGGUGUUGGCGAAAUACUGCGGCAAGGGAACCGCCAGUCGGCAGAGCAGCACUGAUGCUCUAACGGGCUUCCGCAUACUCACUGCUACCGUGAUCGUUCUGGAGCACACUGGUUUGAGGUUGCUGGUCAAUGGUGCAUCUUUGUUCCUUCUGCUAAGUGGAUGUGUCAUUAGCCUGACGCGCCGUAAGGAACCAGGACAGUUGAAAGCGCUUUUCUCUUCGGCUAAAGAAGUUGUCACUUUCAUAUUCCUUCGCUGGAUGCGCGUUGUACCUCUGUAUUGGUUUUGCCUCGCAGUCUAUGAGACCGACGCGGCGAAGGUCACGCACGACGAUUUUGACUUCCUUGCGCCGUUGAGGUUUGUUGUGCAGUUGCCAAUUCAAAUAGUUUUGCUCCCGUGGUCAAACCCGCAAUAUUUCUUCUUUAUCGAGAAGAUGGGGCAAAUGGGCAGAUGGUUUGUACCGGUGAUUGUUCAAUUGUAUUUCUUGUUCCCUGCAUUUGAGCUUGCAAUUUUCGGCAGGACUGGGCAGCUCUCCAAAAACAAUUUAAUCAAAGCCAUCGUGUGGUGCUGUGCGUGCAAGAUCGUUUUUUUCGUUUUGAUUCUCUGGGCGAAAGACGUGGGCCGUAUACCUGCUGAGGAUGGUUCCUUCGAUGUGAAUGGUCUGUGGCCAUGCCCGGGAGUCCAGGCCGGCUUUGAGGCUGUUUUUGAACCGUGGCCUGCUCGCGUGCGAGGUGAGAAACAGUGUUGGUGGGAUUUCAAGUAUGUAUCUUUGCCACGGGCACCCGAUUUCGUGUUGGGCAUGUUGAUGCCUCACGUGGACUUCCGCACGGACAACGCUUUGCCCCAGAGAGAGAGAGAGAAAGAGAGAGAGACACCGAGAGAGAAAAAGACAGAUAUGGGCGGUAUUCCGACAGAGCCAGGUGGGCUGGCGUUGCCGUUUCGUGUGCGGACGUCGAUUUUGUUCUGAUUGUGGUCGCCUCUAUCUAUCAUCAAAUGCACGAUGUGCCACAUUGGUGGGCAGUUUGUAAAGCUUGGAAUCCGUUGUUCCUGCCGUCGAUGGUAAUUGUCUGGGCAUUGAGUUUUGGCCCGAGGCAGAGCUAUCUCGGAAAGCUGCUAAGCCAUGGGCCAUUUGUUUCCGCAGGGCAUUUCGCGUACGGUGUGUACAUGUGGAGUAAAAUGUAUUCUGGAUAUGCUUAUUCGUUGUAUUUCACUAGCGGGACCACGAUGUUGCAACUUGUCAUAUUUCUAAUGUUUAUAUACGCAGUAUCUUGGACAACUUUCCGACUCGUUGAGGAGCCUUGCGGUGAUGUGGCUCGAUACAUGGUAGGUCAUGUUUCAAGUCGUACGCCGCCACGUCAGCCGGCAGAGCCUCAGAUGAAGCAACUAUGUGACACGGAUACAUCACUCGAUCCGUAUUCGGAUGAUGGAGAAGGUUCCAGCGCGUCCUCAGACAAUACAUCCGAUUGUACGACGGCGAGCCAAGGAUGUUGUGCUAGUUUCUGACACGCCGGUGAGAGAGCAUUAGUUUUCUGACAUGAUUUGUUUUGAACCCAGCGCGAACGCGCUGAGUGUUUGUAUGUGGCCGUGCCGGGGCUGCCGUCUCGAGGUGAGAGCAUCGUCGUGGCGAGGGGCGCGAUGGUGUUUUGAUGCUCCAGUGCAUUGCGCAUCAAUAGCCACAUAUUAUUUAUGUAGCUUCGUCUUGCAAUGAUGAGCCAGCGCGUUUCUUAGCAGUGCGUUCGAUUGCAAGACGGCGCGCCUAAGAUGGUGUGCCAGUUUCUUGCAGCCGACAUCAGUUCCUACAACUCACAACAAUUCCUACAACUUUCCUUUUUCAACGGUGUUGCUGCUGCUCAGAUCAAUGCCUACAGCUUUUCUUUUUCAACGGUCCUCCGCGCGCGUGAUGCGAGAUCGUGAGUUCGCCAAUUUGCUGCUGGCAA